AAAAAAUAUCAUAACUCACCCUUCACUUCUCCACGCCAGCAAAUCUUUUUGCCCUUUUUUCCCCCCCGCUGCUUUUCUUACACUUCCCCUAACCUCUUCAAGCUUUCCCAUCUCCGCCGCCACCCCUAACCCUAGAUCUGGAGCGCCACCCUGCUGGUAAUCGCCAGCGGAGAUGUUUUCCACGCCCGCCGCCGGGAAGCACAUCGGAAUAAGGUAUUCCUCACGAGAGACGCCGCAUCUCCUGUGAGUACUGACAAGAUUACUCGCUCAAUUCACAAAUCUCUAGAUCGAUUAGAUGUACAUAGAUAGCUGAGAAUUAUGGUUAGGGUUAGGUUUACGAUUCUACAACUGCCGUAGAUAUGAAGGGUAGGCCGGUUAUAUAUAGCUGAAGAUAGAAAAGUGGAGACUAACGAGAUGAACCUGACGGCAGCGGCGGAGGAGGAGGAGGAUCCGUCACCGGCGGAGAUCCACCUUCCUGCUGAAAUCGACUGGGAGAUGCUUGACAAGUCGAGAUUCUUCUUUCUAGGCGCCGCCCUCUUCUCCGGCGUUUCAGCAGCGCUAUACCCUGCCGUCGUCCUCAAAACGCGGCUCCAGGUCUCCCACACCCCGCUUUCUUGCUUCCGCACCGUAACCUACAUCCUUCGCCACGAAGGCCCCCGCGGUUUCUAUCGCGGUUUCGUCACUUCCCUCACCGGCACCAUCCCCGCCCGCGCUCUCUACAUGGCUGCGCUUGAGGUCACCAAGAGCAGCGUAGGCACUGCCGCCAUCCGCCUCGGUAUGACGGAGACAGCGGCCGCCGCCGCCUCCAACGCUGCUGCCGGCCUCAGCGCUGCCGUUGCCGCGCAGGUCAUCUGGACGCCUAUCGACGUCGUCAGCCAGCGUCUCAUGGUUCAGGGAGAUUCGCCGUUUAAGUACCGCGGCGGCGUCGACGCCUUCCGAAAGAUACUAACCUCCGAUGGCCUCCGCGGCCUUUACCGCGGCUUCGGGAUGUCGAUCCUGAUCUAUGCGCCAUCGAACGCCGUGUGGUGGGCUUCCUAUUCUGUUUCUCAGAGAAUCAUAUGGAGCGGAAUGGGGUAUUGGUUAAGCCGCAGUCGAGAUUCCGCCGCCGGAUUUAAGCCGGAUUGUGGAACGGUGGCUGUGGUUCAGGGGACGAGCGCGGCCAUUGCCGGAGGAGCAGCGGCGCUCGUGACGAUGCCACUGGACACGAUCAAGACCAGGAUGCAGGUGAUGGAUGGGUGCGAGGAAGAAGGAAAAAGGAGAAUGACGAUUGGGCGGGCGGUGAAGAGCUUGUUGAAGGAAGGAGGAUGGAUGGCUUGUUACAGAGGUUUGGGGCCGAGAUGGGCGUCCAUGUCGCUGUCCGCUACCACCAUGAUCACUACCUACGAGUUCCUAAAGCGGCUCUCUGCGAAGAACCAGGAGAACUUCACUUGAGGUACGGGCAUUGUGAAAAAAUAACUGCAAAGUAAAUACACAAGAAAAAGUUUUGAUUUUUCUUUUAGUUUGAUUCGGAACUUUUGUCUUUUGUAUAAAGUUUGGGUUCUCGUUGUGUUAGUUGUGAGGGAAUUGGGAAAGGCUCCAAUGGAGAAAAGCAUGAAGGUUUUGUGAAACCCUCUGCACUUCUUUCUCAGUGCCGAUGUCUAAUCUUUGAAACAAAUCUAAUCUAAUCCAAACUGGGAUUUUGUUGCUUUA